CUUCGCGCCGCAGUUCAGGCCCACGGUUGUACUAGUUCGCUCCAGCAGCAGGUCGUACUGGGACAACAUGAUGAUUUCACUGGAGCAGGAGCUCACGUAGGGCACCACCAGCGUCCUGGUGCUUGUAGUACCGCUGGUCGUCUGGAGGAACAACUUGCGGCGAGCAGGCCAUCUUGCUCGCACACAACAACCACAUAUGAGAGUGCACAACUCCCCCUCCCCCUCAUUUGUGUUGCAUGAACAGCAACACAAGCGCGGGCAAAGAUGCAGCUUUUGCAUGACAAAUUCCUAGGGGACUGUAGUGCUGUUUUGGAUUCCGGAAUUUGUCAUGCAAACAGUGCCACAAGGCAGCGACUGGAUUUGGGAUUUUGCAUGACAAAGGAGGGGGAGGGGGAGUUGUGCACCGUGAUACCACACCGGCACAGCACCGGGAAGACGAAGAGCAACUCCAGCUUCACUGCCGUGCUUGGGAGUGGGCGCGCAGCAAUAGUGGCGG